AUGCCUCCCUCCUGGACCAUCGCGAUCGGGUGCGACGAUGCCGGCUCCGAGUACAAGGAGCUCAUUAAAGCCGAUAUGGAGAAGGACCCGCGCGUCAAAGCGGUCAUCGAUUGCGGGGUCACCAAGGGGUCUGAUGACUUCAAGACGCCCUACCCGCACACGGGUGUGGCGACGGCGCGGAAGGUGGCGAGUGGGGAGGCGGACCGGGCGCUGCUGAUUUGCGGGACGGGGAUGGGGGUCGCGAUUGCCGCUAAUAAGGUCAAGGGGAUCAGGGCAUCAGUAGCGCACGACUCGUUCUCCGUCGAGCGGCUCGUCAAGUCAAACAACGCCCAGGUGCUCUGCCUCGGCCAAAGAGUCAUUGGCAUCGAAGUAGCGAGAAAGCUGGUUGGCGAGUGGCUGGGCCACGAGUUUGACCCUACAUCAGCGAGCGCGGCAAAGGUGGCGGUGAUAGGGGACUAUGAGAAUGAGGCGUAG